AUGGACGAACUUCAAAGGUUGGAACAUCUCUCAUUGGUCUCUAAAGUAUGCACAGAGUUAGAAAAUCAUUUAGGCUUGAAUGAUAAAGAUCUUGCCGAAUUUAUCAUUUCCUUAGCGGAGCAAAAUUCUACUUUGGAGCAAUUCAAAGCCGUGCUGGCUGAAAAUGGUGCCGAAUUUCCCGAUUCAUUUGUUGCCAAUUUAUUACGUAUUAUUCAACAAAUGAAACCUGAAUUCCUCACUAAACAUGCCUCUCAAGAGAGUAACUUACUGUCAUCAGAGACUCAGGUGGGCCAAAGCAAUAAUGAGACUGUAGAACAGAGAAAGAUAUUUCCAAGUUUAUGCCUACCUGACGAAGAAAUCGAGAAAAAUGAUCAACAUCGUCAAGAGGUUGAUGCAACGAUGAAUCAAUUGGAAGAAUUA